AGACGAUCAGACUUGUGGAAAGCGGAUACUGCGAGGUAGGAUUUCACGGGCAUUGCCUCCAGCUGCAUAUAGGACUCAGGCGAUUCAUUGACAUUCCAGUGAGAUGAGGCUCAAAGUCAUGAAGGCGGCCAGUCUUUGGUAGUGGUCCUCGCCUGUCUUCUACCGCCAUCCUCGUCCCGGAGGGUCUUCGAAGGCGGAUCAGGCGUCUUCCUCUGUUGCAUCCCCCGCUGUCCCGGCGGAUUUGGGUGUGUCGUGCCGUAUAGGCAAGCAUCAGACAGGGUGACAAUCCGUAUCAAGAGCCAAGAUGUCGAUGACGCGUGAACGAAUGACUCUUUCUUCAGGCUCCAGCUUUCUCCAGACGUCUCACCAUGUGCAUUCGUCGGAUCCCUUGUUCAGAUCCCAUACGAUCGAUUGACGACCACCGUUUUCACCGUUCCUGUCAGCCUCCAACACUUCCAACGCCGUUGGCGCUGUCACCCCAACCCCAGUUCCUCCGUCUCAGGCAGCCGCUGGCCAUCUUCCUACUUCCUGUCGCAGUUCUCAUCGACCCGGAUUCUUGAACGUAGCAACAUGUCCGUUGGCAGGACUGCUUGACCGGUCCUUGGUUCCGAGAUGCGGGGUAUGAACCUGAGGCCCGCCGGAAGAGCCAGAUCCGCUUUCUGGGCGAUAGCAUGCUUGAUGCAUUGCUGGAAGUUGGAGAAAAGGGUCGCUUUGUCGCCAGUAAUGGGUGAUAAACUGCCGGCAGUUCAUUAUCCUGGGGCGUGAGAAGACAUCGAGGGAGUCCGCGGAUUGUAAAGAGGCGAUGUUGCACAGAUUCUAGGAACAGCUGGACCGUCACAACAUGCAUAGACAAGACAAACAUGGAUUAAACCCGUUGACUCCAUCCGCCGCGCCGCCUUACAUGCUACUGGCCGCUUCGUCGGCUCCAGCUUCUCAUGCCAGUGCGAGCAUACUGGUAAGGAAAGUGGCAAUCAAGAGACCAUCGAAGCCAAUGACACCGCUCCGUACGCCGCUGCUCGAGCUCGACCCUCCUGCAGAACCAGUUGUACUUGUCCCCACUGGAUGAUACUGUCGUUCAGACGACGUCAAGCGACUCCCGCUCCUGGCGAGCACCCGUCAAGACCCUCUUUCGACGAUACGGCCGAGUUGAAUAAAGAAUCUCUCGAAGCAACCCCAAGAGGCUACAAGGCGGGGCGAGAACUGACCCGCAAGCGGGAUAACUAUCGAUGCACAUUAACAGGCGCUGUAGAUUUCAGGGUCACGAAGAACGGUCUUGUCGUCCCAGGUCCUAGCGAAUCUCUACUCUCCAUCGAUAUAGCGCAUGUCAUUCUCGAGGGUUUAUUCACACGAAUGCCUGAUUUUCCAGAGGAAAGAAACAAGGUGUGCACAUAUUCUAUCCUGGCAUCCUGGCGGAGCUUUCGCUAGCAAAGCCACAAAUGGAACGAGAUAUGACAAAAGGAAACAAUCGCAACCUUAUCAAUUAUCAGCUCCAAACGUUCCUCGACAUUCU